ACUCACUUUACGGAGAGAAUUCGGUUCGAUCGGUCGCGUUGGUGGUGCGCUUCUUUUAUUAGAUGAAUAGUGCGAAUAAUUGGCUUUUUCGUUUCAAUUGUCCAUCGUACAUUUUCCAAGUGCUUUAUAUCUUCAUAUUGGCUGCAUGAAUUGUUUGUGGCUUCGUGCUGGGCGUGAAAUACGAUGUAAAAUUUGACGGGGAUUGGUGAAAUAUCAACGCAAAUAUGGUGUUCUAUGUUUGUUAUUGUUUUUGUUCUCACACAGGAAGCUAUUUUGGUAUGAGGGGUUGAAUAACCAAAUUGUUCGAUUCAGAGUUGUGUUUUUGGGUGGUGCAAAUUCCGAUGGCUGCUAAGAUGAGUUUUGGGAUUGGUUCUUUGCCUACUACAAUUGUAGGUACGUUUCGUUUGCCCGUGCAUAUGGUUCUCUAGAAAAUGCGAUGCAUGAAUGAAGAAUAGGUAGGAGAAGUGCCCUAGAAAUUUUUUCCCUCCGACCAUAACGUUUGCGUGGAAAAUUUAUGGAGUGAAAAUAGAUGAUUGUCGUGCUAUGGCUUAGUUUAACAGUGCCGACCCAAAAUAUAAGGAAAGUGGAUAUUUAUCAAGCCCUGUGUAUGUGGCUGGAGCAAAUAGUGGAGCAGAAUGACACGAAGCGUUGAUCCCACUACCCUCACGAAGCAAGAAUAAUUGUGUUGUGCAAAGUUUCGUGAAGAAAAACGUCUUCUACCUUAACUGUCUGCCUGAAAAAUUAUGGUGCGGGUAAAAAAAUAAAUAAAAGUGAAGAAGAGGCUCGAGUGAAAAUAAAAUGCUAAUUGGUGUUACUUGUGCAGCUGGAGAAGAAGCAAAAAUAAUAAUAUACGUAUGUGCGAAAUCGACAACUACGCAGACCAAAUCAACGAAGGUGCAAUAGCAGAAAUCUACACGAAGUUGAUCGAUUAAGUCUUUGGUAUAGAGAAAUGGAAUGGUAUAGUUGGAGCAGUGUGCCAAUUAGCAGAUGAUAGCCGGCCUAGAUCACUAUCCUCCAGUUUCAACUAAUGACAACUGUCGCUGUCAACUCAUUUAUUCGGCUGGAGAUCGAGGUACUGUUCGGUUUCGAUUUCGACUGCUACAUCUGAUGCGGAAUUAAGGAAGCGUGACCAUCUGUUGCAAUUAUUGAUGAGUAAUAGUGUGCUGCUGCGCGAACGCCGUUUCAGCUGAGAAGACAUCCAUCAAGGACGAUAGGCACGAACGCUUCAUCAGGAUGGCAUCGUUGAAAGUGGCGGUACGAGUGCGACCCUUCAAUCAAAGAGAAAAUGAACUCGGCUCCAAGCUCAUCGUCCAGAUGGACGGCAAGCGGACCCGGCUGCUCAAACCGAAACUCACCGGGCCGGGAGCGGUUCGCGGUGAGCUGCUGGCUGCCCGGGGCGGUGGUCCGGAACCGUUCAACGAUUUUACCUUUGACCACUCGUACUGGUCGGUGGACGAAGGCGACCCGCACUUCACCCCGCAGGAAAGCGUUUUCGAGGAUCUGGGCACGGAGAUCGUGGACUGCGCGUUUCAAGGUUAUAAUGCGUGCGUGUUCGCAUACGGCCAAACCGGAAGCGGCAAAACGUUCACCAUGAUGGGCACAGCAGAAGCUCAAGGUCUUAUUCCGCGAAUUUGUCGGUCACUGUUCGGUCGGAUGAAACUGGGCCAGGAGGAGGGCGUCGGCUACAAAACGCAAUGUUCGUACCUGGAGAUCUACAACGAAAGAGUCAAAGAUCUGCUUGGACCCAGUGGAGCCGGGCAUGGGCUGAGGGUGCGUGAGCAUCGCACUUUGGGUCCGUACGUGGAGAAUCUGUCACAGCAUCCGGUGUCGGAUUAUGGUGAGAUCCAGAACUGCAUGGUGCAGGGAAAUAUCCAGCGAACCACGGCGAGCACCAAUAUGAAUGACACGAGCAGUCGGAGUCAUGCGAUUUUCACAAUUACCUUCGUCCAGGCCCGGUACCUGAAUGACAUGCCAAGUGAAACGGUCUCAAAGAUACAUCUUGUGGAUUUGGCUGGAAGCGAACGAGCGAAUGCAACCGGUGCCACCGGGCAGCGUUUGAAGGAAGGAGCACAUAUCAACAAAUCUCUGGUAACACUUGGCAGUGUUAUUUCGGCGCUAGCUGAACAGACCAACCCCACACACAACAAAAGAAUUCUUUAUAUUCCGUAUCGGGACUCGAUUUUGACGUGGUUACUGAAAGACAGCCUUGGCGGAAAUAGCAAAACCAUUAUGAUAGCAGCUAUUUCACCGGCAGAUGUAAAUUAUAGUGAAACGUUGAGCACAUUGAGAUACGCUAAUCGAGCGAAGAACAUCAUCAAUAAGCCGACGGUCAACGAGGAUCCGAACGUAAAACUGAUCCGAGAGUUGCGCGAGGAGAUCUUCAAGCUCAAAAUGAUGCUCUCGACGGACGGAUCCGCAUUAGAACCGUCGCUCAAAGUUUUGGAAGACUUGCACAAGAAAGAAGCCCAGGAGAAGGUUCUGACCGAGGAAUGGACCGAAAAGUGGCGAGAAGCUCAAUCUAUUUUGCGGGAGCAAAAAUCUCUCGGCUUGAGGAAAUCCGGUGUCGGUGUUGUUCUGGAUUCGGAGAUGCCUCACCUUAUUGGAAUCCACGACGAUAUCAGCACCGGGGUCACUCUGUACAGCUUAAAGGAAGGCGAAACCACAAUCGGAACAGCUGAAGCCCCCUACCCGCAAGACAUCGUCCUCAACGGUAUAGGCAUCCAUCCGGAGCACUGUCGAAUUGUUCUCGACAACGGAAACGCAACAAUAUGCCCGAAUCCAUCUGCCACUUGUCUUCUUAACGCUAACAUCAUCGAGAACCCCACGGGUAUCAGCCAAGGGGACAUCCUCCUGCUCGGUCGAACCAACAUGUUCCGGUUCAACAACCCAGCUGAGGCGGCCAAAAUGCGUCAGGACAACAACCACGUGCAACGUUCCUCCCGUCUGGACCUGUCACGGCUUUCCCUGAUAGCAGCAUCUCGCGAGAAUCUCUGCAGCAGUUUUCUGAGUGACGAUGACAACGCCGCACUUACCUCGCCUCAAAAUCCGCUUCGCUUCCGACAGUACACCCCUAGCCGGGAGGACACGGAACUCCAGGAAGAACAUCGAAAAAUAUUGCAAACCAUCGAAAACGCUCUCAAGCAGCUGAACUUGGAGCGGACGCGAAUGCACGAACAGUUCAAAAGUAAGAUCAAGCUCUGCCGGGAGGAGCUGGAGCGGUUGGAAAGUGCCAAGCGGGAUAAGCUGAUGAUUCUGGACUGUCGGAUAGAUGAGCUGAUGGCGCGCCGGGAGAUGAUACUGUGGGAAAAGAACAACGAGAAGACUCAGGUGGACAUUUUAGUUAGACAGCUAUCGGCCCUACAAACGCAGCUAGACACCAAGAAGCGUGAUUUCUACGAGUACGUCGCCAAAGAGCUCCAGGAGCUGCAAGAUUGUGGCAAGCUGGACGAGGCUAGUAUAGAACUAAUUCAGAAGGCACCUCAGACGGAAGACUACUCGGAAAUUCUGUUACUGAUUUCCAAGUCAUUGGACAACUAUUCCGCACAAUACAUCCGAGAAUACAUUCGGAGGAAUCGGGAAGAGCUGGACAAGUACGAACGGGAGCUGGGUGAGAAAGAAUCUCAGUUGGAACAGAGUACGCGGAAGAUCGCCGAUCUGGACCAGAAGAUAGAUGAACUGGAACGGCAAAAUCAGGAACUUUUGCAGCAGCGAACCCAGUUGGAGAUGGAGGAAAUGCAGAAAAAGAAACAGUCUAUGACCCUGGAUUUAACGCGAUCUACAGAUGCCAAUACACGAACGGAUUCCAACGCCAGUGACGGAUCGGAUGAACUGGCCCAUCGAAUGGUUGCAAGCACCGCAACAACUCACACUCUGGAAACUUGUGAUACAUUCCAUACGGCCAAUUCGGACUGCUCCUUCGUUUCGGCUCUGAACACUCCCGCGAUGGAGGCGCUGAACCAAUUGGUUCCAACGCCCAGUUCAACGGAGGAAACGGAAUCCGGAGCGGACCACGAGUCGGACUACUACGAGGAAGCGGGGCACGUACAAGGCAUGAGCGAUAGUGGCGUUAGUUUCGAAACGAACAAAAUCGGGGAAGGGGGUCAGCUGACCACAGGCGGGAAACUACUGUUCCAAUCGGACGAUCAUUGUCUGCUGUUGACGACUUCGACGCCAAACUCGAAGUUCAUCAACAAGACGCUGAUUGUGAAUGGAGGGGGCAGCAUCGAGAUCAGCGGUGCGGAAGUGGUGCGCGCAACCACGAGUGACGAAUCGGAUGAGAAUUCUGAUCAUGGGAAGGGUGGAAAUCGAAGCCGAAGCAAUAAAAACAGUGUGCGGACGGAGAUUUUUGACGUCCGGCAUGGUGUUCAUCCGCUGCGCGUCAGCAGUCGGAGUGGAGAGGAAGAGGAGGGUGAUGACGAGGAAGAUGAGAGGCAUUCACAUGCAAGCUCGCUGGAUAACAGUUCGAUAACAUCGUCGACGGCAAACUUGAUCCUUUGUGAGAUGAAUCUGCUCAGGGAGAGUAUAGCUACAAAGAAGGCGGAGAUUAUGAAAAUUUUGGAGACAAAUGGCGACAAGUCACAUUUGGACGGAAAGAUCAACGAGCUGCAGGAUCUUCAGAAGAGGAUAGUGCAACUGGAGAUCAAGGUUCAGGAUGUAGAGAAGGGCUGCCAGUCGGACGAGGGCGGACUGGAUUCGGUUCGCGAGCUUCCGGGAAGCUUUACCGAUAGUGACGACAGCCGCAUAAACUCGUGUAUUUAUCCGGACUAUCUGAGGCAUCGGGCUCAGAACGGUAUUUACACGCCAAGUGUGACGCGAUCGCUGCCAUCGUUUGAAAGCGCGUCAGUCGAUAGGAUGCGUUCUGAGCAUUUAAUCAAUAUUCCAACGUACAUCAUUCGAGGAGCUGGUAAGCAAACCCACUACGAGUAUGAAGUUAAGUUGAAUCUGCCAGACGACCGGUGGACGCUACUCAGGAGGUACAGCAGGUUUCGAGAAUUACAUCUCAAGAUGAAGAAAGUGUACGGUGAGAAGGUAACCAACAUACCAUUUCCCAGGCGGGAGCUGUUCGCGUCGAACACGGAAUCGGUGGCAAAAGCCCGUCGGCGCCAGUUGGAGACCUAUUUGCGGCGGUUGUUGGUCGUAUGCUCGAAGAUCCCACAUAGCCCCAUCUACGAAGGUGAGGGACGACCCGGCCUAACCAAGGCCACGCUGAUCGAGCUGCAUGCGGGCUUCUUCAAAAAAGGCCUAUUCGAGACGGGCAAACAUGGAACCGGUUAGAACUGGCGGUUGUUGGUUCGAGAAGGGCGUUUGACUUCCCAUUAUUGUUUGCUUAGACUUUAUUUUCUUUUGAGAAUUGAUUAUGGGAAGCAAACAAAGAAUUGUAAGGCUGAUUUUUGUAGAUAGACGAGUGAUUCGUCAAGAUAUAGGUUUAUAAGAAGCUGUUACUCUCCCAAGAAGUUUGUUUCCAGAUUUUAUUUAUUAUGAAUGACAAAAGCAGUUUUGUUGGGUUUUAGAAGUAGUUUAAGAAUAAGACAGAGUAAUGGUAAAGGACACUGAACUAGAAGCAACAGCAGAAAUACCGACAAUAAACCUUACGAUUUGAGGAAAAGGCAGGAUCCUUGUGCACUACAACAAUGGAAAUUGAAUUCCCAAAGUACAAUCUCUUGUUCAAUUCUCAAUUGGAUUUUGUAUUGACAGAGAUUGCCAUCCCGUUGAAUUCAGUGAAAUUAUGGACUCUUUUGUAACGAAAUUUGAAAAAAUGGCUUAAUCCAGUUUUGAUCAGAAUUCAAAACCGUGAAUCCAAGUCUAAGCGAUCAAUUAGAAAAAGAAAUAUAUAUUUAUGACCCGUAAUUAAAUUUUUUCAUAUACCUUCUACAUACGUUUGAGUAUUGACUAGUUGUUAGUUAUCAUCGUCAUGAUGCUUUGCUCUUAUCACAAUUGCCUUGACCCCUAUCAAUUAGACAGACAUAUUUGAAUGAUUUUGCCUGAUUCAUCGAUAUAUCCAUACUUAGAACUUAGCUGUGAUUUUCCAUUUGACUUCUGUGUCUUGUGAUGGUCCUAAAAUCUUGUUUAAGUAAAAUGAAUGACAACCGCAGAAGAGCAGAUUGCCAGAGAUUGAAAAGCUCAUGAAAAAGACCUGAAAUUGUAGUAAAAUAUAAUAGUUUCGGAUUAAGUUUUUGAAAAUGAAUUGUAACACAUAACGUAUUAAAAAAAUAUUUUCAAACAUCAUUUUUAAUCGAGAAAAAAAUAAAUAAAAAUGAUAACCAGAGCUUGUUCGCAGUUAAGCUUAGUCAUCAAAAAAUGUAAGAUCUAGGUCGUACGUACAUGUUAAUAAGCGUUGAUAUUUGCAUGUGACAUCAUCAAAUACCUGCAAUCUGGAUACUUAUUUAACGAAAUUGACAGGAAAUCAACCAUUAUAAUAAGGAGAAACAAAUUGUCGUCUUGUAUAGCAUCCCUUCAGAAGUUAGUUAGAAAACAUGAAAACAAAGUAGUAGGAAAUACAUACGUGGCAAUAUAGAAAAUUUGAUGUUGAAAUCAAAUAAUAGAAGUGGGUAAUAAACAGAUAUGAAAAAACUGAGCGUUUCCGAUGUCGAUUCUUGGUUUACACAUUCAUUAUAUAAAUUUGGUUUUUCAAAUACAAAUAAAAAAUGAA